CCACCAAACUCUCUCUCCUCAGCUACCAAAAUCCGAAGCCUCCCUAUCCUACUGAACUCUCAGAAUCUUCUCUCUCAACCUCAACUUUCUCAGCUACCAAAAUCUCCCAAGCCUCUCUCCUAGUGAACUGCUUGGGACUCAAAUGGCCACCAUGAAAGGAAUCCAACCUCACCUCCCAUCUACCAUCGCCAACACCAACGGGCAUAGGAAAAUUUAUGCCAAUCAAGAAACUGCAAUCGAUUUUCGCCCACAUAGAAAAACUUCUAGCCGGUCCAAUCGCCUAGCCGAAUCACUCUCUCACCUCCUACAUCUACAUGUUGAGCCACCAGCCCAAAAAAGCCUCCACUAUACUAAUGAGAAUUUCAAAAUUGAGGACAAGCACAACACUCCAGUUAUGUCUCCUAAGGAAGACAUAUCGGGAAAAUGGCGCGAAAUUCACGGUGGUUAUGAGUGGGACAAUCUUCUUGAUCCUCUUCACCCAUGCCUUCGACGAGAGAUUGUGAAAUAUGGAGAGUUCGCACAAGCAACGUAUGAUGCCUUCGAUUUUGAUUCAUUCUCGGAGUAUUGUGGGAGUUGUAGAUAUAAUGAAAAUAGACUUUUUGAUAAAUUAGGCCUUAAUAAGCAUGGCUAUAAGGUGACUAAGUACAUUUAUGCUAUGUCACAUAUAGAUUUGCCACGGUGGCUUGAGAGGUCUCACUUGGUGGACAAAUGGAGCAAAGACUCAAAUUGGAUGGGAUUCAUAGGAGUCAGUGAUGAUAAUGAGUUCAGACGAAUCGGGCGAAGAGAUAUAGUCGUGGCAUGGCGUGGCACGGUGUCACCAUCAGAGUGGUAUGAGGAUUUUCAAAGGAAGUUAGAUCCAAUUGGGCAUGGGGAAGCAAAAGUGGAACAUGGGUUUCUUAGCAUUUACAAAUCUAAAAGUGAAUCAACUAGGUACAACAAGUCUAGUGCCUCGGAACAAGUUAUGAAAGAAGUGCAGAGGCUAGUGCAAUUCUAUAAUGCAAGAGGUGAAGAAGUAACCCUUACAAUCACUGGACAUAGCCUAGGAGGUGCAUUGGCUCUCCUCACUGCUUAUGAAGCUGCUUCCUCUCUCCCUGACCUUCAUGUUAGCGUUUUAUCAUUCGGUGCGCCUAGGGUUGGGAACAUAGCUUUUCGAGAUGAGUUGCACCAAAUGGGAGUAAAAACACUACGUGUUGUAGCUAAGCAAGAUUUAGUCCCUCGCAUGCCCGGGCUUGUUUUCAAUGAAAGCCUACAGAAGUUUGAUGACAUAAUCGGAACACUAGAUUGGGUUUACACACAUGUUGGAACUGAAUUGAAGCUUGAUAUAUGUUCUUCUCCGUAUCUCAAACACGGAUUUAACGUCUCAGGGUUCCAUAUGCUCGAGACUUACCUUCAUCUAGUAGAUGGGUUCCACAGUAAAACCUCAACAUUUAGGUCUGAUGCUAGAAGGGACGUUGCUUUGGUGAACAAGACCUGUGACAUGCUUGUGGAUGAAUUGAGGAUUCCUCAUUUUUGGUACCAACCGGCCAACAAGGGAUUAAAAUGCAAUGAACAUGGCAGGUGGGUUAAACCCAUAAGAGACCCAGAAGACAUACCUUUGCCUACUAGCCAAACACACCCAUGUAAUUGAGAUGCAGGAAAAUUAUGGACCUAUACCAUUGUUCAGUUUAUAGACACAGAACUUUUGUUAUUCAAAUUCUGGGGAG